UGAAUUAUUAUCGUCAUUUGCUUGGUCGUGCAUGUUUUGUGUGACGUGAAAGCACGGCACGGAUACACGCACAAAUCGCAUUUUCAUAAAAGCUUGAAAUAUCGCGUUGAAAAGCGUGCAAAAACAAACAAACCGAGAACGGAAAUCAUAAUAUUCCAUAACAGCACAAACAGAAAGAAGGUGUGACGGUAACUAACUGCCAUUAAUACAGUAAUGCUGUUAAUUUGGCAUAAAAGAUGAAUCAAUAUGAGUGAUAAUCACGGCCCUUAUGGUUAAUGAUUCUCUGAACUAUCAGGCUGACAAACAGCGUUGCAUCACACGCACGAUCAUAUUGAUUUAGUGGCUUUUCUAAUAAAGGCUGUUCCCUUUCCUCUUCGCUCGGGACGCCUCACGUCUUCGCUCGCCGCAUUUCAACAAGUUCAGACUCCUCCUGCGUCCCGGCAGACAGCUGAUAUUUGGUUUCUCUGAGACGGCAGGCAUGCACCCGGCCAAAACCCAGCGUAAGAGUGAGCCGCGCUUCUAGACUACUUCUGCCGGGGUCAGAGAAGCGAGAGAAGAGCCGAGGCGCCUAAACGCUCGAAUUGCGUCUCAUUACGAAGAAUCUGACAGACAUGGAUCCUCAGGUGCCCAAAGACAAAUAUAAUGGCGUGUGGUUGAUUUUCUUCAUGUUGGGGUUGGGAACGCUGCUGCCGUGGAAUUUCUUCAUGACGGCCACCGUGUAUUUCACGGGUCGUCUGGCAGAUCCUUUAAGCGAAGCCAAUUCCUCGGCCAACGCCACUGAAGAAGGGCCCCGGAGCGUCCUGCAGGCCAGGUUUAAUAAUGUGAUGACGCUGUGUGCCAUGGUUCCUCUGCUGGUCUUCACCUGCCUCAACUCAGUGCUUCAUCAGAGGAUCCCUCAGAAGAUCCGGAUCGCAGGGAGUCUGGCGGCUAUCCUGCUGGUGUUUCUGCUCACCGCCGUCCUGGUCAAAGUACCUCUGGAGCCGCUGCCUUUCUUCAUCGUCACCAUGAUCAAAAUCAUCUGCAUUAACUCGUUCGGAGCGGUUCUUCAGGGAAGUUUGUUCGGGAUGGCCGGACUCCUGCCAGCGUCCUACACGACUCCCAUCAUGAGCGGACAGGGACUCGCAGGAACCUUCGCCGCCUUCUCCAUGAUCUGUGCCAUCGCCAGUGGUUCUGCUAUGCAUGACAGUGCGUUCGGAUACUUCAUCACAGCGUGUGUCGUUAUUUCCCUCGCUAUUGCAUCGUAUGCUCUACUUCCUAGACUGGCCUUUUAUCAGUACUAUCAGGAGAGUCGGCAGAGCAAACCAGCUGAGGAUGAGGAGAACAAGAUGGAUCUGCUGAAGAAAGAUGAGCAACAGAAGAGCGCUGGAGACGACGACAAACAAUCACCUUCCAUUCUGGCCAUAUUUAAGAAGAUCUGGGUCAUGGCGCUCUCUGUGUGCUUCGCCUUCACCAUCACCAUCGGCACGUUUCCCGCCAUCACUGUGGACGUUAAAUCUACCAUCGCUGGCGGUGGAAAGUGGGAGCUGUAUUUCAUCCCAGUGUCUUGUUUCCUGUUAUUCAACAUGUUUGAUUGGCUCGGUCGGAGUCUGACCGCAGUCUGCAUGUGGCCUGGUAAAGACAGCAAGCUGCUGCCGGGUCUGCUAGCGGCCCGUGUGAUUUUCGUCCCUCUCUUCAUGCUCUGUAACGUCCAGCCUCGCUUCUAUCUGCCCGUCUACUUCUCACACGACGGCUGGUUCAUCGCCUUCAUGAUCCUCUUUGCCUUUUCGAACGGAUAUCUGGCCAGUCUGUGCAUGUGCUUCGGGCCCAAGAAGGUGGACGCGAGCGAGGCGGAGACGGCUGGAGCCAUCAUGGCCUUCUUCCUGUCUCUGGGUCUGGCUCUCGGAGCGUCUCUGUCCUUUCUGUUUCGAGCGCUCGUCUGAAGCAGCGCCGCUCGUGUCGCUCGUGACGUAAAGGACUUAAAGCCCGCGCCACCUUUCCAAAGUUGGGGGUCAAUGAGAUUUUUUCGAAUCA